GUGUUGGCACAAGCUUCUCCCAGUCAGGGCGACCAGGCCCCCAUUCGUUCGCUGUAAGUCGGUUCGAGCGGAACGUGCAACCGGCUGUCCGAUUCGAAAAACACGCACCCCUAAACCGUGCACAUGUGUCCCGUCCAGCUGGCUCGGCUGUGGUGGAGGAGUGUUACUAUCUCUCCAUAAGGUGACUAUCAGACGUGUCCGAAGUAGCGGUGCAACUGUUCCAAAUCAGCAUCAUCCCCCAAGUGCAUCCUCGCGGCAGCACCCAAAGCCCUCCAAUUUGCCUCGUGCCAGUGUGCCUUUUCUAGCGUGCGUUUCGGUGUGUGCAGUGUAUGUGUCUGUGCAUUGAAAAAGGGGGCGUUUGUGCAACGAAAGGGAAACCACCGAAUCUUAGCAAAAGCGCCCGUGUCUCGAGACGAAGGCUGCAAACUUGAUUCCAGCGUCUGUGAAGGCAGCCAUACUCCUUCUUGCGUCCCAGCCAGUGUGUGCCAGGUUUGAUGUGCCCCAAGUCCUCCCCCCGCCCCGAAAGGUGUGUUUGCAAAUUUUCGAUCUCGAGCCUCGAUCCACCCCCCAAUUAUCUGUGUACGUGUGUGUCUGUUGGGUAUGUGUAUAUACGUUCGACUAGCGUACGUGUGUUUGUGGUGAUGGUGGUCCAGUGAAAUGAGGGUGCAGCAUAACACAUAUGUGAAACAGGUCUGCCCGUUCUUCGUACCGUACCCGUACAGCCUGGCCGGGCACGGUGGCCUGUUGGUGCCUAUCAAGAUUGUGGCCAUUUGACCCGGUGACGGCACGACACGAGUGGAGUCGAAGCAACAACAACAAAAAAUAACGCCCGGGUGCCUUCUAAUUGAAUUUAAGUUUCGCGAAGGGUUUUAUGUUAAGUGGGGUAAGCAAAGGCGCAACAACGAAAAAAAGCAAAAGGGGUAGCAAGUGUUUUGUCACAGGUGCCCGUGUGUUUUAACAUUAAAAAGUUCAAAGGCGAAUCCUAACAAAAGGGUGUCCCAUAUCGGUACCCUGUGCUGUGGUUUUUGUGCUGUGUCUGUGUAAGGGUAGUUGCUGCCGAUUCGUAGAGUUUGUUCAAGAAUCCUCUGCAAAAGCUGUAGUAUCAUCGAAAUACUCGUAUUCGGAAUUGUUAAUAAAGUGACGGUAGUUCUACAAUGUACUUAAGCAGAACUUUUUGUCACUCAUUUGAACUCUAGCGCUAAGAGACAGAUACCGUGAUCCUUAAAAAAUUGAAUUGUUCGUUAAAGUGUGCGAGAAAGCCAAACUAGUAGUCAACAGAGUGGCAGUAAGCGAUCGAUCGUACCAAUCAUGGCAGCUGUAGUGUAUGGAAAUAGUCCGCGGCAUAGCAGUCGUCACCAUCAGGGUCAUCUGCUGUCCCAACACUCGCCGUACCACACGCAGUCAUCGAACGCCGGCCAGCAUCACUCACUGCCACCGCCGCCCGGUCACCAUUCCUCCCAUCACACGCUGUCGUCCGUGUCGCCACCGUCGCAGAUCAUCACACCACCCACCUCGUACCUUUCUACCGCCACGACUGCCAUCUCCUCGCAGCAGCAGCAACAGUCAUCCGUGCAGCAGCAAUCUCAACCGGCCUACUAUCACCAUCACCACUCACAGUCGGUAUCGCUGCCGCCGCAGCAUGCGCAAACACUCAGCAGCUACCAUCAGCUGCGCAGCUCGAAAAGAAAGUCAGCGGUCGAGCUGCUGGCAGAAAGCAAACCGUUCUACGUCAAGUCAGAAACCGUCCUCGAUCGUCAGCAGCAGUUGCUGAACAAGCGUUCGAGUGCGGGUGGUGGUAGUGGCAGCGGUGGUGGUAGUGGUGGAAGCAGUGGGGGUGGAGGAGGUGGCUCGCAGCAGAGUAGGAGUGAUGGUGCACAGUGCGGCAGUACGGGCACACUCAGCGGAUCGUACAUGGUAUCGCCCUCGAGAACACUACCAUCGUCCGCCGUUAGCCAGGCACUGCAACAGCAGGUGCAACAGCAGCAGCAACAGCAACAGCAACGAUCAACCAACCGAAGAAGUGCUUCCUCCGGUUCGGAUCUGCUGCAGACCAAGCUGCGCAAGCUGCUCAACGCGGCCGACAGCAAAGAGACAAUAAUGCCCCCGGCCGGCGACGUGGGCCUGAUCAAUUCUAAAUACGGCCAGCCGCUCGAAACGAGCUACAUCGGCACGGGAAUGGUCGGUGGGGGUGGUGGUGGUGGCAGCCUGGACGAUAUCGGCUACAUUCAGCCGCCGAAAAACUACCAGCAGCAGCUGACCGUCCACCCGGAGCAGCCAAGCGACGUGUCCGUGUUCUUCCCAAGUGCGUUCUUAUCGCCGCAGUCCCUGCCACCGCACCCGGGCGGCGAUGACGAUCUCUAUCUGUACGGCGGGCUGCACGACAGUCUGGUGCUGACCGAUGACUACCGUGCCAUCAGUCCACCGGCUGAGUACGCCGAGCAGCAGCAACAGCAGCAACAACAGCAGCAGCACGGUGGUUCCCCUGAGGGUAAACAUUCGAUGGGAGGCGGCCACAGCCGCUACAACUACCAACGAUCGUACUCGCACUCGCAGGCCGUGGUGCCGGGCUCCGGGCAUCAUCCGACCGACGAGUCGGACUACUCCCCAACGCAAUCGUACAACAUCAACAGCCACAAGUCGCUGCCGGACCUGCACUCACAGAGCAGCCGCCAUUCGCCACACUCGGAGGCGCUCAGCUGCUGCAGCCGGGGCAAUCGGUCGAACCGUUCCGGCAGCUCCUUCAACCGUGACUCGGGCGGUUCCUCGGGUCACUACACGCACCACAGCGAACCGUGCUGCAAGCAGCAGCAGCAGCAACAGCAGCAACAGCAACAACAUUCACAGCAGCACCAAUCAAGCCAUCACCAGCUGUCCCAUCUUCCACACUCCCAAAUGAUGAUGCAGCAGCAGCAGCAGCAGCAUCAUUCACAGCAACAGCACUACCAGCAGCAGCACCAUUCGCAGCAGCACACGCUGUCAUCGCAAGGGGACCGGCAAGACUCGAUGAUGAUGCUCGGCGACUAUCGACGGGACAGUGGCUCCUCGACCCAGCACAGCGGCAACUCGUACUACGCGUACGGCAUUCCUCCACUGCGCUACGACUGCAUCGAGUGUCGGGCGAAGAUCCGAGAGGAGGCGGACUGUCUGCUUAACUUCACCACACCGGAGGUGCCGGAAGCGUUCCAGGACGGCUACAGCGAGAAGCAGCAUCAACUUCAACAGCAGCAGCAGCAACAGCAACAGCAUCAACAGCAACAGCAACACCAUCAGCAGCAGCUGUCGAAAAGCCAGCACGCCAAGUACUACGACGAGCGUGGCAGGAAGUACUACAAGAACCCGCCCAUGUCACCGCUAUCGCCCGUGUCCCCACUGUCGCCCCCGGAGCAGGCCCAGCUCGAUCUCAGCCCACCGCUCGGUACGUUCAAGCGGCAGAAGUGUUUGCGCUUCAAGAACCGCAGCGGACGCCAGUCGGCCGUCAGCAAUCCGUCACCGUCGUCCGGUGGCCGGUGCGGACCGGGCGGUGGUGGACCGGGUUCGAGUGCCAGUGCCGGUGCGGUCGCUGGUGGACCCAUGGUGGACGACGAUCGUCGUCCGAUCUUGCGCUCCAAGAGCGAUAUCAGCGAUCGUUACUGGAACCGUUCGCAGCCCGAGCGAACUACGCUGCUGCCGGUCGCGGCGGCCGACGUGCGUGACCACCAUCGCGAGCGACGUGCCGAUCGUGAGCGCGAGCGUGAUCGUGAACGGGACCGCGAGCGGGACCGGGAGCAGCAGCUCGAGAAGCAGCAGCGCUCGCGCUCGGACAGCCUCACCCAGCUGGAGCGGUUCUUCGACCGGCUCGGGCUGGACGAGGAAACGUACGAUCGGUACAUCGCGCCGAAGGGGGGUUCGCUGCAGCGCCGAUCGUCCGGCUCGUACCAUCACCACACCACCGCACACCACCACAAUUCGGCGUCCUCGGACAUCCAUCGCCUUUCGGACGAUUGCUCUACUGGUGAUUCCGACGAGUCCAGUGCCGUCUUCUUCUCGGACGUGUCGACCAUCGAUUCGACCAAACUGCCGGACAGUACGGAAACGGCGAACGGGCCGGGAGCGGGUGGAGCUGCGCCCGCCUCGCAGCUGUUGGUCGGUGCCGUUGGAGCCGUCGGACAGCCGGGCGUCGGUGGACAGGCGGAUGGCGGUGUGCCACUGCUAGGUGGGGCGGGUCCGGCCCCACUCUACCGCACCAGCGAACCGCCGUCGAUCAUCGAGCGUAACGCGCGCAUCAUCAAGUGGCUGUGCAACUGCAAGAAGAUGCAGCUGGCCUAGGGCCGUCGACACCGGAGGCGGACCCCGCCCCGGUGGUCCCCGCCGACCGAGCGCGCCGGUUACGGCCGGCGCCGGCAUUGAUGCGGCUGUGAGAGACGCUGAGAGGGAAGCAGGAGGAGGAGGGUUCUCGCGAGAUCCGACCAAGCCAAAGAAAGACGAAGCAUUGGAAAGAGGGGUGUGAGAUGAGUGAGGUGGAGGACAUUUACUUAACACGUACAGCAAGGUGGCCAUCAGUUCACGUGAGUUUGUGUACUUAGCUGAGGCAAAAGCUUGAUCCUUGUCCUCUUCUCGUUCGAAAAUAAGACGAAAAAAAAACAUGGAAGGACUUCAGAUCUGUAUGCUAGAGAUGGACCGACGAGAUGGUGGAAGACUGCCAAUACGAGGACUCGCUACUAGAAUAAUUGAUGUAGAUGAUGUGUAAAUGAGGCUAGCGUGUGACGGCUGCUAACUACUACGACGACGUAAAAAGUCUUUUUUUAGCGGUUAAUGUAGAAUGCGUUUGAUAAGUAGAGAACGAGUAGGUCACAGUAGACUUGAUCGAUCGAUCACAUAUACUAACCGGACGGCCUGAUUGAAUACGAAGCGAAGCGACCGUGUUUGUGAACAAUGCAGGGUUUGCAGGGAUGUAAAGCAAGGAAUGAAACGAACAAUAAUUAAGGACUAUACCGAAGGAAAAGGGAAACACUCCGAUUGCAGACGUGAAGCAAAAGGGCUGGGAAAAAGUUAAGUACGACAACUACUUACAAUCUCACCAGCUGCCAUGACACUCUAUCGAUGUGUUGCGUGUGUGUAUGUGUGUUGCGUGUUUGUAUCGGUGUUCGUUAGUGUGAAAACAUUGCGGAGGUUUAGACAUUUCGGAUUCAAUCGCAUAAAAUUCAUGGUUCGUGGAGCAAAAACUGGUGGGAUCAAUCAACAACCCGUUUAUGGUAGCUAUGCGUAGUAUCUUAGUACACACGAGACUCACGCACACACACACGAAGGGGAUGGGGAAACAAGCCUACAGCUUUGUAGGGAUCUUCGGUCGUCAAUUUGUGUCACCACUUACUUAAAUUACGCGACUUUUUCAAUUUUACAAAUACACACGAAACAGCACAUCUAGCAGAGAGAGGAGAUAACAAAUCACUUUAAACAACAAAAAAUCGAUCUCUCUUUCUAUCUCUAGCAAAUAUAGUUACACUUAAAGGGAGAGGAUGUUUUAUAACGAAUCGAGAUCUUUUCUCCCUUACUUCCCCUCCACAUUCCCUGACAGUGAUGAUCGCCACCCUGUUCAGAUGUAGCUAAACAAGGAAAGGGAAUAUUCUUUUCCUGCCUUCUCUAGCCGUCUCAUGGCGCCUCAUGUACGUUCAACAUCAUGCUAUCCGCCUUAGAACGGUACUUUUCCUCUAAUCUAUUCCAGUAGGAACGCAGUAGGCCGGUUUGUAAUGUAGAGCAUGGUUAGAGGAGAUCCACAUCCAUCAGUAAAAGCUCGCGAAGCUUUCAAAGUUUCGCUUCGAACAGUAGCGGAAAAAGGGAAACGAACCCGAGCAAAUGCAAAACGAAUAAAGUAAAUUAAUGUAGUAACGUACCACACCUUUGAAUCAGGCGUUAGUUUUGCAGGCAGAUUACACUUCGGGCAGUGCGUUAUUCCGAAUUCUCCCCCCCCCCCGAGUGACUCUAGGUGCAAGGAUUCAUACGAAUUGAUUAUAAAGCAAGCGCGAUCGUAUAUAAUAUUUUCUAGUCUAAUAUUAGAUUCUUAAGUCAUGAGGCGAGCUACACCUGUAGUGCUAGAUGAUCGUAUGCUGAAAGGAACAAAUCCCAAUUGAAGCAAACACUGUGGAAGGAAAUUGAACUACUUUAACAAAUCCGAAACCGAUUGUAAUGCAACGUGGUGCGGAAUAAGCGAGAACUAAUCAAAAAAUUGC